AUGAAAUUGGUUCUCCUACUGGUACUGCUGAAAGUAUGCCAUGGAAAGUUGCUGCAGUCCGUGAAUAACCCCACACUGUAUCUAGCAACAGACGGCGCAACCAUUUACCUUAGCCCUGCAGAGCACACAAUAAAAAUAAAGCACAGGAAGGUGUAUAUAAGAAAGGGCAGCGAAUACUACACAAUAGGAGUAGAGCCAGACGAAACAAAGAUCUUUGUGAAAAGGGAAAGGGAACCUGUAUACUCAACUAGAUCAAUAAUCACGACACAGGAGGUCUAUAAGCCAGCCCCUGGCAGAAAUAGCAGUCCUCCUGCAUACAAAGAGAUCCACUACAUUCCAUACGAUAGGCAGGAGACCCCUGAAGCCCGCACAGAGCACCAUUAUCACAUUGGUCUUUCGCAAAGCAUCUCUACGCCCAAAGAUGAGCCGCCAAAGCCGCCAUACUCUCCGCGACCUGAAUACUACAGCGAAAGGCCUGAGCGUAUGCCAUAUCCAGAAGAUCCACCGCGUGACUCAAGAAGACCGCCCCCAUAUAAAACAGAUCCACCUCCACACAGAGAAGAAAGACCUCCCUAUAGAGAAGAAAGUCCACCGUAUAGAAAGAGUGAUUACCCGCCAUAUAACUAUCCACCAUACCCAAGACCAUAUAGAGAGCUACCCCCGCGCCAAGAAGAACCUGCAUAUAAUGACAAACCUCCCUUUAGAUACGAUCCUCUGUAUAAUCCAUACACAGAGCCAGUUAACCCCAUUUUUUCUCUGCCCACAGACCAGCAGACCAUUCCAUACUACAGGCCGUCUAGCAGGAAGAAGCGUGAAGACUUCUCUCAUGAGAAGGAAGUUGAGAGCGACUCUGGUAUAAAUAUCAGUCCAUUUGAUGUAAUAAUAGAAGAGGAAGGCAGCAAAAUUGUGCAUCUAAAGAGAGAAGGGAACGACCACUGCUUAAACUAUUUCAAUAAUGCAUUUUCAUUCAGGCCAUGCGCAGAUACUACGAACAUAAUUAGGUUUAGAGUACUUGAAAGAGACAGUACACCCGUCAUUCAACAAGACCCUAUACCAAUUGUUAAGGUCUUGCCUAGUGUUCAGAAAACACCAUACUAUGAGUGGCCUGGUUCUUUUCCCAAUGAUAAUCCCCUGCCCAAAGGCAUUGAAAGCACACCUAUUCGUAGUAGAGUACUGGAUAACACAUCUUUAUCCAGAAGUGUUAGUAGAAGUAUUCUGCCCCCCAAAAGAAGGAUAUAUAAAAGAUCGAUAUCCCUCGCGCCGAUACCAGAUGAGGAUGUCUUCUCCACGGACAUAAAGGGCACUUCCGACGAUGUGGAAAUAAGAGAAAGAGUAACCUAUGCGGAUAAAACCAUAGUUAGCCCAAGAGAAAAACAUAAGCUUGAUCUGGGGAAAAUGUCUAUGCCAAACUACGCCAGGCACGCUGAUGCUAUGUAUAAUAAUAUAAAGAACAGCUUAUACAGCAUGGGGUCAAUGAUUCAUGCAGCAGACCUUCUAAAGGUGCCAAAGUCCAGGAAAAAGUACAAGUCUCGCGUGGUUAGACACCAGAUUGAUGACAGAAGUAUUCUUGAGAAAGACGAUGAAGAAGAAGGCACAGAAGAAGAACAGAUCGAGAAGGAAAUCCUUAAGUGGAGCAGAGGCCGGGAUCGAAGAAAUAGCAGCCUAAAGGACACAUACAAUAAUCUUAAAAUGAAAGGCAAGAAUCUUAAAAAGCAAAGGUAUAAAAUAAACCAAAAGAAAGAAAGAAACAGGAACAGAGAAAAGGAUUCAAACUCUACAGAUGCCGAAAGUGAGAGCAGCAUAUCAUUUAUCCCCAGCCAUGAUGAGCGAGAUGACAAAGAGAUACGAGAAAAAAGACACAAAAUUAUACUGGAUAAUCAUCACUCUAUGCAUAAUAACCACGAAAAACACCAUGCGGCUGAAAGCGACUGGUCAGACUUUAAAUCUCAUGAACACCAUGAGGCUCCUAAGCAUGUUGAGAUACACCACUUAGCGCCUUCUGUUGUCCAUAUCACCCCGCAUCCACCUCACAUACCUGUCGCUAAUCUGCACCACAUAACAAAGAGUACAAUUCAUCCUAUAAGCGAUCCUUUUGCCAUACAUUCUCCAUCUACUCCUAAACUAUCCCCUUUCUUGAAUAUGCCAGAGCCAAAUAACGAAGUUCACUUGCACACUGAGAUUGUUCCAACAGUCCAUGAAAUCCACCCUGCGCCAAUUCCCGUGGUGCAUGAUAUUCCUGUUGCUCAGCCCACCAUUACCAUGGAUCCUGUUCUGCUAUCUCCUACUCCUGCGCCCUCUCUUCCACUCCAGAUUCUACCACCUACCCCAAUGGCGACUAUUCCUGUCGUGACCCCAAGCAUUUCUUCUUCUAAUUCAGUAAGCGACAUACUUUCUUCCUACUUAAAUCCUAUACAAAGCAAUCUUAUAGACAGUAAAAUGUCUUCUCUAGGCACAGAUAAAUCUUUAAUGCCGUCUUCCAUGUUUAAAGCCCCAGAAAUACACGCUCCUGCAGCACCUGCCAAGCCUUUAAAUCCUGCCAAGCUCAACAGCCCUGUGCGCCCUACUCCUACACCUGCCAUUGAAAGCUCAAAAAAGUCUAAUAAUAGCCUUAACUCUAGCUUUGCAAGCAAUUUACUGAAAAAUAGCCCAUUCAAUAUAGACAGCAACCUAAUUGGAAAUGAUCUUCUUGGAGGCAAUUCAUUCGGCAUGAGUAAGAAGAACAGUCCAUCUCCUUCUUCUACACCGGCUGGGCUUACCCCGCCUCCAAAGACCUCUACUCCAUUUGGCGCAUUCAAUACUCCCUUAUCGCCUGCUCCAAGUCUAAAUAGCAUGUCAAAUCUGAAUAAUCUACCUGGAAUGAAUAGUCUGCCUAGUAUGGAUAAUCUGAACAGCAUGAAUAGUCUAACUGGUAUGGAUAAUCUGAACGGCAUGGGUGGUAUGAACAGUAUGAACAAUAUAAGUGGUACGAGCAGUAUGAAUAAUAUGAGCGGUAUGAACAGUAUGAAUAUCCUUCCUAAUGCAAAUAAUACUUCUAGCAAUUCUUUUGGCAUGAAUAGCAGCAAUCUACCUGGAACACCCAGCCCAUUGACUGCUACUGGCGGAGACAAUGCACCAAUAUCUCCUUCUAAUCCGUUUGCUGCCAAUUCUACUCUUAAUCCUUUUGGAAACAGCUUUAAUGACUCUAUAAGCAAGUCGAUAACUAAGUCCUUAAGCAACAAUAGUACAAUUGAAAGCGCUGCUUUAGGCAAUCCAGAGGAUAACUCCAUGUUAUACGCUAAAAACAUACUAGAUAUUGCUCCCGGAAGUGGAACAGACACAAGCUCUAUAGAUUUGCUAAAAGACAAACUGAAGAACAUAUUUGGAGAUGAUACUGACAAAGACGACAAUGUCACCCUAAAUGGUAUUCCUGUAGGAGAUUCUUUAAGUAACAAGAAUAUGUUUUCAAAUAAGUCAGCACAGCCUGCUUCUUUAAAUGGCAGCGCAAAUAGCGCCUUGAAUACACAAAAUAGCAAGCCAAGUGCAUACGAAAAUAUUCUUAAUCUGUUAUCAUAA